AUGAAAAGCAUUUCCUGUUUCACUUCACAGGAGGAGGAGGAAGCACUGUUCACUGCCAUGAGGAGCAAUGCGGAGAGAAAUGCUGAAAGCAUGGCUGGCCAGCAUCAGGACAGGGAUGCAUCAACCUCCACUGCACAGCUCGACACAUUACCAGUGAAGGAGCUUUACAAGCAACAUCUGAAGAAGAGCAUUGAAAAAACAGUCAUGGAGAUUAAGUAUUUGGACCGAAAAUUGAAGAAAGUAGACCUGGAGAUUCUGCUACUGGAGCGCCAGCUAAGGUGGGUUUUCAUAGAUCAUAGGUGA